AUGGUGCUCUUAUGGUGCGGAAAACUCAAACUUUCAAAACCCUACCUAGCGUUGGCAACGCAGACAGGAAGCCGCUGGUUCAGUUCACAUGGAGCCCUCUCUCAUCAUCAUCAUCAUCAUCAUAGCCUGACAAGCAAUGGCACCACGAAGAUCAUCACUAGGCUUGAACAACACGUAACCUGGCACACAUGGACUCAAAAUCCAAUCGUAGGGCAAAACAGAACAGUUUCUUCAAUUACUGGUCAGGAUUUUUCUGUUCAGAAAUUCGAUGAGUUUUGCAAGGAUGGUAAUUUUAGAGAAGCUAUAGAGGUUCUACUUUCCUUGCAGGAUCGUGGUUACGCUAUUGGUCUGAGUAGACUUUUAAGGUUAGCGAAACUACGUGAUAAACCAGAAGCUAUAGAAGAAGCAAAGUUUGUCAAGCUGUUCCACGAUAUGUCUGUGAAGAAUCCGGAGACUUGGUGUGUUAUGAUGAGGUGUUUAGUCAGCAACGGUUAUGGUGACGAAGCCAUCGGUUUAUUCACUCGUUUCAAACAAGAAGGAAACAAACCUGAUGGAGAGAUAUUCAAACAAGUCUUCUCUGCCUAUACUUUGACCGGAGAUGUUAAGAAUGGAUUACUACAGUUUGAAGCCAUGCAAAGAGACUAUGGAAUCAAACCUUCCAUGGAACAUUACAAUAGUGUUACCAAAAUGCUGGCAACUUCUGGUCACUUGGACGAGGCACUGAGCUUUGUGGAGAAAAUGCCAGUGGAGCCGAGUGUUGACGUGUGGGAAACGCUAAUGAAUUUUUCUAGGGUUCAUGGAGAUGUGGAGCUUGGAGAUAGAUGUGCUGAGAUGGUUGAUAAGUUAGAUGCCACCAGAUUAGACGAAGCGUCAAGUGCAGGUCUUGUAGCAAAUGUGAACUAUAUAUAUAGAACAAAAGAUACUUCACAUCCAGAAACGGAUAUGAUCUACGAGACACUAAAGAGUCUGCACUUACAAAUGCUAGAAAUGGGUUAUGUUCCUAGCACUAAAGAGUGGCGUAACGAACUCGUGGAGAAAGCGAAUAGGGAAGAAUGGACUUUUGGAUACAAAGAGGAAGUCGCGGUUGUUAAGAAGCUUCUUGACUCGAGGCCUCGAUCUCCGGUCACUGUGAUAAGUAAUUUUCGCAUUUGCCUAGAUUGCCACGAUGCAUUGAAGUUUAUGUCAAAGAUAACUGGCAGAGAGCUGAUUAAGCGAGAUUCAAAGAGAUUUCACCGCUUCAGUAAAGGCAUCUGCUCGUGCAACGAUUACUGGUGA